AUGCGGUUCUCUGGAGCCUUGCUGUCUCUCAAAAAUAUCUCAGCCUUAAUAACAGGUGGUGCAUCUGGCCUUGGUCUUGCUACCGCCAAAAAACUACUCCAGGAGGGUUGCAAAGUUCUAGUGUGUGAUAUUAAUCGAACAAGUGAAAUUGACACACUCGGAGGCGACGUAGUAUUUUCUGGAACAGAUUUACCUAAGAUUACGUCUGAAGAAUCUGUAAAAGCUGCAAUUGACCUAGCCAAGGCCAAGUUUUCGUACAUAAAUUGUGUGGUGAACUGUGCGGGUGUCGGGAUUUCUCGAAAGACCAUCUCAAAUUCCUCAAGCAGGCUCCACGACUUAAAAGAAUUCGAGCGUGUGUUGAAGGUUAAUACUGUAGGGACAUUCAAUGUAAUUCGUCUGACUGCCCUCUCAAUGGCUCAAAACGAGCCCGACGAGGAUGGAGAACGGGGUGUCAUUAUUAAUACGGCUAGUGUAUCUGCUUUUGAGGGUCAGGUGGGACAGGUUGCCUAUGCAGCCAGCAAGGCUGCCAUCGUAGGCAUGACACUCCCCGUUGCAAGAGAUCUGUCCCGGCAUGGGAUUCGUUGUGUCACCAUCGCCCCAGGUCUCAUUGAAAGCAAAUUGUUAUUUGGUGAUCGCCAAGUUCAGCCAGAGGUAUUGAACUACAUAAACGACGUGCAGUUGGCGAUUGGCCGACAGGGUCAUCCGUGCGAGUUCGCAGACGCCGUUAUUGCUUGCUUGAGAGAAAAGAUGCUAAAUGGAGCUACACUGCGAUUGGACGCCGGCGGCAUCUUCGAUACCGGAACGGCGAUCGCUAAGACCCCCAAAGCUGCCCUCCACCACCUUGUAAAAAUCGUCCCCUUCCCCAAUCGUCCUGGCCGACCCGAGGAGUUCGCCCAUCUUGUUCGCUGUAUCAUAGAAAAUAGCAUGCUCAACGGUACGACCAUACGACUGGACGGUGCUCUUCGUCUCCCUCCCUAG